AGUUUAUACAAAAUGGCCGUUAGAAGUCAUCUGGUCUAGAAUGUUUUUCCUUCCUAAAUAAAUGUUUCUUAUUUUAUAAUUUAUUGCCCAGAUAAGAAAAUGUCUUGUGAAAUUAAAAAAAUCGCUAAUUUAUUAGAUUUACCAGAAGUGAAAAGACGUCUUUUUGGUGUGCAUGCCACGAAAUUAAUCCAAGUACCUGUUGACGAAUUACCCGUUCAGGAUAUUUUAAUUUCUUUCUCACCUGCUGGAGAUAUUCUCGCUUUAGCUUGGAAUACAAGAGUUGUCAUUUUAAUCUCUAAAUGGGACUCUUUGGAACAAGAUGAUGUUAAAAAUAAAUUUCAUAUUUUGUGGGACGGAGAAAUAGAAUAUCAACACAAAAUAACUUCAAUAUUAUGUCUUCCUUUGAUAGCACAAGGAAAAGCAAGUCCCGGAACUGGAAUCGACUGGACAUGUCUCGCUGUUGGUUUAGAUUCUGGAUUUUUAAGAUUUUACACAGAAACAGGUGUUUUAUUACUUGAAGAGCAACUUCACAAUGAGAGUAUUUUAGGUAUAAAAUGUCAAUCGCUCUCGGCUCCUCGACAUUCCGGCGAAGUGCAAUCGUCAGAAGAAAUUUACGUUCUCUAUAAAUCUGUUGUUUGUCUACUUCAAGGUUUCCCUCUUUUCUCAACUCUCAAAGCAUGUAGAAAUUACAUGGCCAGAGUGAAGGCAAAUUGUAACGAUCGGCAGCAAAUGACAAAUAUUGUUUGUAAAAAAUUGGGAUUUAAAAAUCAGGAUGUUACGAAUGACACGGAAGUUAUUGGAAUGACGACAGUCAAUACUUUUGAUCAUUUAAUGACUGCAUCUCUUUGUGGUGGUUUUUCCGCUUCUUAUCGUUCAAGUGCACCGCAACACAAUCUUGUAAUGGCCACGGGAAAAAGGCCAUUUAUAGGAUUUCAUUAUGCCUUAGAAGGUGGACAAGCUCCCGUUUUAUCGGAGGUUGCAAUUGCAAUGGCCAAUAAAGUCGCCAGUGCCAUUGGUUCAGCAGUUCCAUGGUUUCGGGGAAAUUCGAAAUCUUCAGUGCAAGAGAAACCAAAGGGCUCUGUUAAUGAACCAGCCGAGGCAAUGAUGUGUCGUUUUGCAUUGAGUGAUAUUUUCCGUGAGGGAAAUACGGUGCUGGUUAGUCCCAAUAAAAUGCUUUCAGUGGUAAUGGAUUCAUUGGGACGUGUUAUUUUAAUAGACAAUCGACAAGGAAUUGCAAUGAGAAUGUGGAAAGGUUAUCGAGACGCCCAAUGCGGUUGGCUUGAGGUGAACGAGGAGAAACAGAGAAUUAGCCGAAAAGAACGUAAAGCAAAUCCUGGAGUUGUUUCCCAUAUGCAAAUGCGUCGUGCACUGUUUCUCGUUAUUUAUGCACCGAAAAAGGGAUUAAUUGACAUUUGGAGUAUUCAGAAUGGAACGAAAAUUACUUCAUUCUCGGCUAGUAAAAAUGGAAGAUUACUUUAUACGAAUUAUGGUCUAUCGGGUCUGAAUGAUGUGACAUUAUCAACGCCAAAUCGUGCACAAUAUCCUUGUGUUUUCAUUGAUCCUCUGGGUGGAAUGAAGGAAGUGAUUGUGCCAUUUCAUUUUGCAUUAAACAAUCAAAACGGCGAUCGAGCGAGGGAUUUGCAUCUAUUUAAAAAAUUAAAAACAUUUAUACGUGAGGAGGAAUUCGACGAGGAGACAAUUGUCAAUAUGAUUAGAAAUAUUUGCCUUGAUUUGAAAACCGAUGAAAUUCGUUUGCAAAUCAUUGAAAUGUUGAUCAAUUAUAAAAAUUCAAUGCCCAAUGCACUUCUCACUGCUAUUGAAUGUUUCAAUCAGAAUUUCGAAAAAAACAACGAAGAUCUUCAAUCGACGGGAAAGACUUUAUAUCAAACAAUAUGUCAAUUAAAGAAAGUCGUCGAAUUUUAUAAAUAUUUACGAAUUCAAUUUGAUCAGCCGCCAAAAUAUAAUACCGUCGCAGGCGAUAAAAUACCAGAUGCAAAAAUGUUAUCUUCCAUUUUAUUCACAUUCGAGAGGGAAAUUGUACGUAUUUUAAAACUUGCCGACACUGUCAAGGAAAUAAAACAUCCGGAAGUAAGAUCGAAAAUUAAAGUUUCAUUCAAGGAGGACGGUAGACGUUUUUAUGAUUUUCUCUCAUGUUUUCAAUUUGGCACCGCUGGAAUUGUAAAUCUCAAGAAAGAUUUAUCUCUUGAGAAAAAAUGUCAAACUGCUGAAUUAUUAUACAAGGGUUGGUUAUAUUCGGACGAUUCUACAGAAAAAUGGAGAGAAGCAGCGAAGAAAAGUGACAUUCAUCCUAUGGCAAUGAUGCAAUUCGCUCUUCUUUAUUGGUUACAGAAAAAACGUGGUGCUCCAUUAGAAGUUGAAUUAGUACGUUUCACAAAACUUCUUCGUGCCAUUUGUUCAAUACCCGAAGUGAACGAGAUUUGUAGCGAUUAUAAUGAAACUUCCUCAUGGUGGAGAGAGGCUCGUAAAAUUUUGACCGAGGCAUCGAAUCCAUUUCAUGCAUUAACAGCAGCAUUGGUGUGCAGAGCAGUUGGAAUGCGUUUAGAAAAUAAUAUUGUUAAUAUUGAUGAUAAUGGAAAUUCAAAUGAGAAACCUGUUGAUAAUGAUGAUAAUAAUGAGAAGGAGAAAAAAAUUGAUAAUGGAAAUAUUGGCGAAUUAACGAUAGAGAAAAAGGAAAGUCGAAAAAUUGCAGAAUUAAAGGGAGAAGAUUCGCAGGAAAAGGAUUUUACUUCUUCGCCUGAAGAUGAGACACAUAGUUCAUUAAGUGAAUGGGAAAAUGUCAGCAAGGACACGUGUCAAUUUUCCCUUUUAAUUGCAAAUUUGGAAGAUAUUACAAUUUUAAAUGCAAUCGUUAGUCAAAAACCACCGUCGGAUGCUUCAACACCGUAUUAUACUUUGCCAUACGAAGUUAAAUACAUUUCAUUGGGUUACGUCUUAUCUAGUGGAAAAGGAUCAAUUUCAGAAAUUGUAGCCAAAUGGUUGAGUUCUGCGGGUUUAGAUCCAACUCGAUUAAUUGACACCACUGACAUUGAAUUUGAACAAAUUCAAGCCACAAAGGAUCCUAUGCAACGAAUUGGCUCUUUGGAUGAAGCAUGUGCAGUGGAAUUGACUAAACAGGAUCGUGACAAUUUGCUUACUUUAGCCGUUGAAAUUGGAAGUGAAGCGAAAGACGAUCAAACUGCUUUGUCUUACGUAAUUGAUAAAAUAUCAUUAUUGAAGAAACAUUUCCCCUAUAGUUUAACGAGUAGUGUUUUACUCGCUAAUCUUUGCUGGGAAUAUGUAAUGUUUUGGUGUAAAGAUAUUAAUAAUCUUGAGGCAUUGGAGGCGGCGUUGGGAAUUUUACGACAAAUUCCAAGGAAACGUAUGCAACAGGGUGUUUGCUCUCUAUUGUGGACGUUACACAUUAAAGAACGUUUAGAGGCUGCUUCAAAACUAAUGAAUAAAUUGGGGAAAUUACCAAAGGAACGCUUAUGCAUUCAGGACAUUGGAAUCUCUGAUAUUCAACUCACAAAAUUUCUCGAUCAUUGCGUCACGUUCUUCGAUAUUUUUUUAGACGCGGACGUUAUGGAGGCAGAGAGUCGAUCGAUUGUUCAAUCGGAAGAAUUGUGGGAAGGUUGUCCACCAGGACCGCAACCUUUUGCAACUCUUGCCGUUUCUCAACCACUCGCUUGGGACGAUUUAAUUAUGUUGCAUCUUCAAUUGGCUAAUGUUCUCGUCAUGAUGGCGCACUUUAAUUUAAAAGUAACCAAACCCGUGAACAAUCUCUUCGAUUCCAUAGCUCAACGUUAUUUCUUUCAAAAUAUACACGACGAGGCUGUGAUUGUUUCGUAUCAAGAUAAAGAACGUGACAAUUUUAGACUUGAAUUCCUCUGCUAUGUUAUUUCAUCGUCAAUGGAAUUGAUUCAUCAGGAAAGUAAAAUGGAGAAUAAUUUAAGUUCAAAGGAGGCAAUGAAUUGGAUGAAUAAAUGUCAAAUGUUGGCGUCAAUAUGGAAAAUUAAUAAUGACGAUUUAAGAAUACAUCAAGCUUGCGCACUUUACAGUAAUAAUUUUGAUCGUCACGCCGAAGAGGUGAUAACUGCCGUUAACGAUACGGAAAAAUUGGCAUCGAAAUUAUUACCAAUCGCUGGAGGAAGACUCAUGACGUAUUUAUCAAAAGCUCCUGAUCUUUUGGAAGAAAUUUCAAGAAUAAAUCCGGCACUUACAACAUAUUUACAGAGUCUUCUUUGGACUUCACCAAACAUAAUGUCAAUAAAAUCAUCGAACGCCGACACAAUUGAAUUAGUGAAAUGCAUCUCAAGAUUGGCAACAGAGAAACAUUGUGAUUAUCAUAUCGCUCAAAUGAUGCUCGACGCAAUGUUCAUAUUCGAGGGAAAAACGUGACAUGUUGAAUCCAAAUUAAAAAAACAUUUCUCCAUUGUUUUUGGAAAAUAUCAAUUUUUUUCUUAAUUUUUAUAAUAUAAAUUCGGUAAGUCACUAAAAAAACAAACAGUUUUAACUAAAUUACAAAAAAAUCCAAGUGUCAAUAUUCGCCAUGUAAUUUUUUUUCCAAAAAAAAAUUCACGACGAACUUAAAAAUGAAAAUUUACAAAAAAAAAAAAAAAAACUACAGAAAAAUUGUAGUUGCUAUUGCAUUUUUAUAGCAUUCUUUCUGUUUUUAUAGAGAGAAUAUUUCGAGUCACGGGAGUGUAGUGUGAUAUAUUGCAAUAAAAAAAAAUAGAGAAGGGGAAAAAAUGUACAAAAGAAAAGAAGGAAAAUUUAAAAAAUUGUAUAUGAAAAUAUAAGCUUCGAUUAAUUUAAAAAAAAGAUAAUUACAGUAGAAAAUUAUAUUUACAUUCGUUGAUGUUAAAUUGUUAAUAGCAAAUAAUUACCAUAAUAAUGUCACUCUGCUAUGACGUAUUCACACUUAAUUUAAUUCAAUAGGAAUGAUUGUGUUCGAAGAAUGACAUUUUGUGUGUUAAGGCUGUGGUCGAAGAUAAAUUAAUUCUUCGAUGUAAAAAUCUGUUGUUGUUAUUUCAUUGACAAUAAACGGCAGAUCCUAAUGUCGAAAUAUAUUUCAUUUCAAUUAAAAA